CAACCACACGUCACUCGCAGAUGCCUACUGUCCCUGACCCUCUUUGGAUCGCUUUCCCACGAGUUCACAUCCCCCACCUCUCUACACAAUACCUACGAUGGUUGAAUUGAAAGACGGCAUGGUAGUUGUCUUCUUCCACUAUGCGGCGGGAACCUGUCUAGAUCUGACAGAGGGCUAUCAGCGCAACGGCGCAGAAGUCAUCGGAUUCAACUACCACGGCGCAGCCAACCAGCACUGGAGACUUGACAAGGUGGAACGCAUGGACCGUGAUAUCUGGCCAACAUGGAACCUGGUCAACGUCAUGAGCGGAACUGCGAUGACAAUGGAUGACCCCAAUAUCGGCGCACCAGUGACAUGCUGGAAGCAUACACGCCAUACCAACGAUCCAAGGCAGAUGUGGCACCUGGUCACUGCCGAUGCAGAAUCUGGCGUUUACAUGCUUCACAACGUGGGCAGCACAUUGUUCGCCGAUCUGAGGCACGGGAACACUGCUUGUUGGACAAGCAUCACGGGUCGCAAGGGCGGCUUCAACAGCGCAAACACAAAUCAGCUGUGGAGAAUGCGUGUCAUUUCGUUAGCCCAAGGUGACAACGAGAUGUCGUUACGCGGUCUAUCGGGCGGCGGUAGUGGUGGAAAUAAAAAGAGAAAGGUUGGGCCUGCACUGCUGCCCUCGCCUGAAAUCGUGUCUGGCGACACGAUAUGGACGGCCAACACCAGCGGGGUUACAGAUGACAUGCUGCUAUUUCAGCCAAUGGACAUGGACAGUUCGUCGUAGUGAGCGCGAAUUGAUCACCGCUUUAUCUGUGGAUGCGCAUUUACAGCAUCCUGGGACCCCCAGUAAGAGGCAGUCUCCAAGUUGCUGGUUGGCACUCCGAGACCGUGAGAGACACCGCUGUUGGGGGCCCGGGACGACUGGAUUGUUAAGCUCGUCGGAUCACCUGUACUAGGCAUUCGGGGUACCUUGAAACCCACCCCGCAAAUCAUGGCGCACACGAGGACCUCGUGGCGGUACUUAAGUCUAUUGAUAGCC